GGUUCCUCUCUCCCUGGGCCUACCCUCCGAUGAUUCGGAGCUGGGAGCCGCCUGCAAGCUGGGGCUGGCCAGCUGGCUAACUGCCGUCCUCUUGCUCUCCCCGCUUCUGAAAAGGACAGCCCGCAUUGUUCAGAAAUUCCCCAAAUGCAUGCCAAACCAUACUGCUCCAACCUAGACAAUGGAAUGUGAGAUUUGGGACCCUGAAUAAUUUAGACACAGCCCCUGCCUAUGAGUAAUACGUUAACGGUGGAAGCAGAUACAUUACCAAAGAAUGGAGUAGAAGACCAAAUGAACUAGGAAGAUAAUAAAAGCCGAUGAAUCUGCAGUGGACAGAGCCAAGGCCAGUGCCUCCCUCUGGGAGGCCAGGCUAGAAGUCACAGAACUCUCGAGGAUUGAGUAUCGUGAUACUUCGCGGAGACUGGCAAAAAGUAAUGAGGAGUUAAAGAAACAGCAGUAUAAAAUGGAGAAAGACACAAUGUCUGUAUUAAGUUAUCUGAAGAAGCAGGAUCAGGAGAAAGAUAAUAUGAUUGAAAAACUCAAACAGCAAUUGAAUGAAACAAAGGAAAAAGCCAAAGAGGAGAAUGAGAAAUUGGAACAAAAGUAUAUUGUGCAAAUAAAUGAGCUGGAGGGAGAGUUCCAGCAAAAAGCCAAAGAAAUUGGCAUGAUUCAGACAGAGCUGAAAACAAUAAAACAAUUCCAGAAGAGAAAAAUCCAAGUGGAGAAAGAAUUAGAUGACCUUAAGGAGAAUUUAAGGAACACGGAGCGGAAACAUCAGGAGACUCUUAGAAGAUUGGAGGGCAAGUUUUUUGAAGAAAAGCAUCGACUAGAACAAGAGGCUGAAAAGAAGAUAAUAAUGCUGGCAGAGAGAGCUCACCAUGAAGCUAUCGCGCAACUGAACCAUGCUGGAAGAGCCGUUUUUAAAGAGAAUGUUUAUCUCCAGAAAGCCCUCACAUACCACCUGAAGGAAGCUGACGCUCUACAAAAAAACUCCCAGAAGUUGCAAGAUACUCAAACUUUCCUUUUACAUCAGAAGGAAAUCAAUGAUCUGUUGGUUAAGGAAAAGAUAAUGCAGUUUACCCAGCAGAGAUUACAAAUCCAAACUCUUCAGAAAAAGGUGGUAAGCUUGGAGACUGCCCUGAGUUGUAUGACCAGAGAGUUUGAGGCUGAAGUUCUAAAAAUGCAGCGACAGGCAAUGAUAGAGAACCAAGCAGGUCAGGUUGAAAUUGACAAGCUGCAACAUCUUCUCCAGAUGAAGGACAGGGAAAUGAAUCGAGUGAAGAGGCUGGCCAAGAACAUACUGGAUGAGAGAACAGAAGUGGAAAGGUUCUUUUUAGAUGCUCUGCACCAAGUGAAGCAACAGAUCCUACUGGGCAGGAAGCAUUACAAAAAGGUAGCACAAGCUGCUUUCAAUUUUAAAAUGAGAGAGGCAUGUGCAGGAAGAACAGAAUAUCCCCGGAUCCGAACGUUCGAUGGCAAAGAGCACAGCACCAAUAGCGUAACUCAAGAUCUUAUGGAGGCUGAGAAAUGGACGGAUAUUCAAGGAAAUGUGGAUAUUGAAGAUUUGACCUGGGAGCAAAAGGAGAAAGUCUUGCGAUUGCUCUUUGCAAAAAUGAAUGGUUUUGUUUCCAGAAAAUAUAGCCAGAGCUCUAGGCCUUCAGUUCCAGACUAUGUUGUUGCUGAUGAUGGAGAAACAAAGGAAUUUGGGGAUGACAGUAAGCUUCAAGAUCAAACCUUCAUCACCCAGCAAGUACCAAUCUCAGACUCUUCUGGUGAACUGAUGAUACCCAAUAUUCAGAAAGAAUCACAAGAGUCUGACAUAGUCACUAGAUGGCUGUGUCCUCAGCUCCUGGCAUUGUUCCUGGAAUAGAGGCAGAAAAUGCACAGAUCAGUCAACUUGAGGAUGCUAGGCCACUUAGUUUUAUUUUUUUACUUGCACACAGCCUCCUUGCUGUCAAGAGGGCAUAAAAGGC